AUGGCUCCUGGUGGCUGCCUGCUGCUGGCCCUGCUGCUGCUGGCAGGCACUGUGCAGGGCCAGCACUGGUCCCACGGAUGGUACCCAGGGGGCAAGAGAGACCUCAGUGCCCCACAGGAUUUACCUGACACAGGGGACUACUAUCUCACAGAUUACCCCUCCAUAGGAUCAUCAACCACUCACACAUGGGGGUUUUUACCUCACACUCUGGGUUAUUACCCUCGGGACAACCCCCCACCCGCAGGUCCCCGCCGCACUCCGGCCCUGCCCGACCCCGCCGUGCCGCCCGCUCCAGCCGAUGCCCUCAACCCUCCGGGCCGCAGUGUGGCGCCCUCUGGAGGCCGCCCUGCGCCAGCCGCAUUGAGCAGCCCUACGCUGCACUACAUUUCCCAUCGUGCCUCGCUCCGCGCUCUCCUCUCAUUGGUCCGCUACUCCCGCCUUGUUCGCGUCACAUCCGGCCUGCUGCUGGCCGCCAUGUUGGCGGCGCUGAGGUAUUGCGGUCCGCGCUCCUUCCCCGCUGCCGUCACCGGGCCUGUCCCUGCUUGGAACCCGUGGUUGGUGCCGUGUCGGGGCCGCAAAUCGCGGCACGAUCCCCCCGCCAAAUCUAAAGCGUCGCGGCUGAAAGUGCCUCCUCCUGUCGACCCAGCCGAGCUCUAUGUGGUCACCGAACGAUACCGGCAGCACCGCCUGGUGCUCGGUGCCCUCCGCUCUAUCUUCAGGUCCGAGGUGGUGCAGAGGAAGCAUGAGGCACAAAAGGAUGCUGAGGACUCAGCAGCACUGUCAGAGGAGCACCGUUUGCUGAUGGCCUGGAACGAUGCUGAGAAUGCACGACAGCGGGCACGCAGAGAAGAAAGAAUUAGGAAAGAAGAGGAAGAACAGAAGAUGCAGAAGCUGCAGGCUGCAGAGAACAAAGCCAAAGUGAUGGAGGCCUUUCUGAAGGAGAAAGAGAAAGAAGUCCUGCAACUGCAGGAGGAAGCAAAAACCUUCAUCACUCCUGAGAACCUGGAGGCUCGGAUUGAGGAGUGCCUGGACAACCCUCGCAACUACAACUUCGCCAUUGACAAAGAGGGACGCAUCGUCAAGCGCACUGCACUGUCCUAGCAGCUCUGUCUCAUGGCUGAAGGGGAUGUGCUGGCCUGGCCUCCACCUGGAGGCCAGGGUUUUUCCUUUUAAUGCACAAAUCAGCCACAGAAUUGAUGGACAAACAGCCUGCUUCCUGUGCUGCUGUUGCAGAGGUAGGGGGAGAGGAGGGAAAUGGUGUUAUUUUGAGGUGCAGAGCAGCGCUCUGCCUCAGUCCUGCAGUGAGGCAGGCAGGAGGAGGAGGAGCUGCUGGUAUUCUGCUCCUGUUGCUCUGCAGUUCCACCUCCUUCUGGUUGGAUCCCCACUGCCCUUGGCUUGGAGGUGAGGUGGAGCAAGGCAGACUCCAAGGCAAAUCCUCAGUGGUUUUGCACUGGAGAGAUCUCAUCCUUUUGUCUCCUCCACUCAGCUGAAGCACCUCAAUCUCUGGUCACUCUCCCUUUAUCUUUAGCCUUCUGAUUUGUUUUUCUGCACUCAAUUGGUCUUAAAUACGUGCAAGAAAAAGGCACACCUGUCACAGGUGAGGUUGGGCCUUGCACAGUAACACAUUGCAGGGAGAUUGUAUCUGACUGGUUUUGCACCCUUACCUCUGUGGAACCCUGUGACUACAUCUGCUUCUGGCACAAGCCCAUCAUGGCCUCUUGUGCCGGUGGCCCCAGCACUGUUUGCAUUUCUGCCCCUCUGGAUGCCUUUGAUGGAAAACAAGGUCUGGAUUGUUUUGUAGAAAACACAGACGCUGUGUUUUUUGUUGGUAGGUGAAAUAAAUCAUUGUUUCUGUGUUUUCUGCUA